AUGAAUGGCUCUAUCAUGGGUAAAGAAAUCAGCCUGGAUCCUGGUUCUCCUCUGGUCCUGACUCAUAGGAUCAAACUGGUUCCAUCAGGGUCCGGUUUAUGCGGCUGCGAGGCAGACUUUGCAGCCCUACGGGAACGACUGGAACGUCUGGAGAGGGAAGUGUCCGACCUGAGGGAGAAGUGUGGAGGAGCUGGGGGAAGCUGCUGCACAUCGGAGAGCAAAGGUGCUGGCUGUUCGAUAAAAUCGGAUACAGAGGACUGUCCCAAUGAGUGCAGCGAUCAGGGUCGCUGUGUGGACGGCAAGUGCGUCUGUUUUGCUGGUUAUAGUGGGACAGACUGCAGUCAGUCCAACUGUCCUGGGAACUGCAACAACAAUGGGAGAUGUGUAAACGGAGAGUGUGUGUGCGACCCUGGCUUCUCUGGUCUGGACUGCUCCCAGAGAGUCUGCCCAAACAACUGCAACAACCAGGGCAGGUGUCUGAAUGGAAAAUGUGUGUGUGACAGUGGCUUCACGGGUCCAAGUUGCUCAGAAGAAUCCUGUCCUGGGAACUGUAACAGAAGAGGGAGCUGUGUUGAUGGACGGUGUGUGUGUAGUCCUGGAUUCACAGGUUCAGAUUGCUCUAAAAAGGCCUGUCCUGAUAACUGCAACAACCGAGGCAGGUGUUUGAAUGGUAAAUGUGUCUGCUCCAGUGGUUUCACUGGUGCUGACUGCUCUGGGAUAGCCUGUCCCCGAAACUGCAACAACAAGGGUCGCUGUAUCAAUGGACAGUGUGUCUGUAAUGAUGGAUUCACUGGUGCAGACUGCUCUGAAAGGGCUUGCCCCAACAAUUGCAACAACCAUGGGAGGUGUGUUAAUGGACAGUGUGCUUGUGAUGAUGGAUUCACUGGAGCUGACUGCUCUGCUAAGGCUUGCCCCAACAACUGCAACAAUCAUGGGAGGUGCAUGAAUGGGAAGUGUGUUUGCACCGUUGGCUUCGCAGGGCCAGACUGUGCUUUCAGAGGCUGUCCCAACAACUGCAACAACAAAGGACGGUGCUUCAGAGGGAAAUGUGUGUGCCGGACUGGAUUCACUGGACCGGACUGCAGCCAAUGUCAAGAGGGCAAAACUGGACCUAACUGUAAUACUGCCAUGGCAGGCGUCUCUCAGCUGAGCGCCCGGAACAUCACAGAGUCGUCCGUCACUUUGGUUUGGACCCCACCUCCUGUUCAGUACGAAACCUACUACAUCACCUUCACCAGUCAGAAGGAAAAGGAUCAACGGAUAAGCUCACAGGUGAACGGAAGCCAGUCCACCUUCACCCAGACGGGCCUGGCAGCCAGUCAGGAGUACGAUGUUAAGAUUUACGGAGAGCUCCAAGGCAGAAAAGGAGCUGAGAGCGCAACUGAAUUUAUGACCCUCAUCUCUCGUCCAACCAACCUCCAAGUUGUCAAGACAACCUCCAACUCUGCAGUUGUUCAAUGGGAGCCAUCGCAGGGAGAGGUUGACAGGUACCGUUUGACCAUACUACCCGAUGAUGGCGCAGGGAGGAGUCGAGAACUAAGUAUACCAGCUGGACAAACCUCUGCACAUAUUCGACAGCUGGAGGCAGGGCGUUUAUACAACAUCUUAUUGGUGGCAGAGAAGGGACUGGUCCAAAGCCAUCCAGUGAACACCCAGGUAGUUCCUGGCAAUACUUUAUCAAGAGCUCAUACAGAGGAUCUGACGAUGCAGGUCACACAAGCACCAGGACGCAAUGCUGACAGCAAGGACCAAGAAUUUAAUUCAUCACCUGGGGUGCAAGAAGUUGACCAGCAGGGUGGGAGAAGCCAUGACUUUGUAGAUGUUGGAGCCUCCUCAGCCAGUAUUAAUGCCAGGACCAAAUCUUUGGUUGGCAAAAUGGUGGCAAGAAAUGGUACCAGACCCAGAGUUGUGGGAAGGCCUCUGUUGUCAAAGCCAAAAAUUCCAGGCUCUUUUAGGUUCAAUGCAAGCAGAAUUAUGCCUGGAGGGAGAAUAUCUGUCCCUGGCUCUGUUCAUAAAAACCCAAAAGUGGCAGAAAAAGAAGAAGAAACUGAAAUCAAAAGCCUUCAACCAUAUGUUCUUACAAUCAGGGACUCUGGGAAAGACCAGAGUGAAGAGGCAUCAACCUCUGAGAAGAUUGAUGACAUAAGCCCAACUGUGAUGCCUGGGAGUGAUUCUGAAACAAACAAGCAAAGAGGCUCAGAGGAACCAUCUUCUGCUAUUGGCUCAAAAAGGCAACCAGAUGUUGGCAUUGCUCUGCCUGGAAAUGACACUAAUUUGGUGUCUUUGAACACAACUGGGACUAUUCAAGGCCAAGAGAAAAAAUGUCUGAAUAAAAUUAAAGUAACACACUUCAGAUUACCCCUAAAGGACAGAGUCAAUAGGUACAGAGGGGAUGGGAAAGGGCUGGAAGGGAACACAACAGGGUCAGAUCCAAAUGAAACACCCCCACAUGUCAUGAGAGAACCUCUGAACUUUGUUGGAGUGACUAACCGAACAUCUCAUGGUUACACACUGCUUACUCCUGGAUCAUCUUAUGAGGUUACAAUCAUCUCCACCCUCGGACUCGAUGAAAGUGACCCAAUCAAAGACUUUGUCAUGACUCUCCCUGACCCCCCCACGGACUUGCAAGCCAUGAAUGUCACUGACUCAACAGCAUUGUUAUUAUGGCGCCCGGCGCUGGCUGCUGUUGAUAAGUAUGCCAUCGUCUAUGGCUCAGGGACAGGUACCCACCACAGCUAUUCAGAGCUGAGGAUCACAGUUUCUGGAAAUGCAGCUGAGCAUCAGCUCCAUGGUCUGGAAGAAUCCACCACAUACACCAUCACCAUCAGCAGCCAGCUGGGCAGCCUGGAGAGUUCACCUGCCACGACCAGCUUCACCACCAGCAGCACUUCUGCCAGGGAUUCAGAUGAAGCAAAAGACCUCCAAGCCAAGAACGUGACCCCUCGCACCGCUCUUGUGUCAUGGACACCACCAUCAAGGCCUGCGGAUGGAUACAUACUGAUCUAUCAGACCAAAGAUGAAAAACCAAAGGAAGUCCUUGUUGGCCCCAAUGAAACACAGUUCAAGUUGACCAGACUUUAUCCUGGCUCCUUGUAUAAAGUGAAUCUACGGACAUUGAGAGGAGUGCAACUGAUGGCCGACACGUUCACCACAUUCACCACUGGAAGGCUGCGGUUCCCCUUCCCCACCGACUGUUCUCAGGAGCUGCUGAACGGCAUCCUGACUUCGGAAGUGGUGGAGAUCUUCCCUGAAGGAAAGCUCGGAAAGCCGAUGAUGGUUUACUGUGACAUGGAGACGGAUGGCGGCGGCUGGACGGUCUUCCAGAGAAGGAAGGACGGCUCGGUAGAUUUCUACCGAGGCUUUGAAGAUUACGUUAAAGGGUUUGGAAAUCUGAGUGGAGAGUUCUGGCUCGGCCUUGAGAAGCUCCACAACUUGACAACGAUGACUCGGAUGAAUCUGCGUGUCGACCUACGAGAUGGAGGGCAGCGCGUGUUUGCUCAGUAUUCAACAUUUGUGGUGGCCAAGAGACAUUACAGACUGACCGUGGGCGGAUACAGCGGCACUGCAGGUGACUCUCUCAGUUUCCACAACAAUCGCAUCUUCUCCACCAAAGACCGAGACCCGACGCCGGGGAUCAUCCGCUGCGCCAUUUCUUACCAAGGAGGCUGGUGGUACAACAACUGCCACGAAUCGAACCUGAACGGCCUCUAUGGAAUCGACUUCAAACACCAGGGUGUGAUCUGGAAGUCCUGGAAAGGAGAGGAUCACUCCAUCCAGUUCACUGAGAUGAAGAUGAGACCAGCAAACUUCAGGUCUCCCUCCAGAGGAUCAAAGUAAAACAAAUAUACCGUAAAGAUGAACUGUUUAAAAUAUGCAGCU